AUGUCGUCAGCUGCUGAGGUUCAGAGGAUGGCGGCCGUGGACCUGGGCGCCCUGCUAGAUGCGGGCGAGGGCGCGGUCAUGACGCUGGUGGCAGGAGAGACGCGGCUGGCGGCGCACCGUGCGGUCCUGGAAGAGAGGAGCCCCGUGUUCCGAGCCAUGUUCCAGCACGACAAGCUGGAGGCCAGCUGUGGUGAAGUCAGAAUCGCGGACGUGGAGGGCCCGGUGCUGAGGCAGCUGCUGUCUUACAUGUACACCCUGCAGGCACCCCAGCUGACCGACACGGCCCGGGAGCUGUUAAUGGCAGCCGACAAAUACGGCCUGUCCGCGCUGAAGGCCGCCUGCGAACAGCAGGUGGCGGCACAGCUGGAGGUGGAGACGGCGGCGGCUGCAGCUGUGCUGGCGGUGAGGCACUCGUGCCCCAGCCUAACUGCAGCCAUCGUCCACUUCAUAAGGGCCCAUGACUACAAAGCAAUGGCAACACAGGGCUGGGCAGACGCUGUGCUCGAGUACCCAAAAGACAUGGUCGAAGUCAGUCGGCUGCUUCGUGAGCCACCAGCAGAAGCCAGGUGA